AUGCCUUCAAAAGCUAGAAUCGACGAAAAAGCUUUUCAAAAAGCACUUCAAUCACUCUCUAUCGAUGAAAUUGCUUUGUUGGACUGUUCUAAAUCAUCAGCUGAUAUAUGGGGUCAUCUAUGUACAUUAAUGGGUAAAGCAAAGAACGCUGAAAAUUGCCGAGCGUGUUAUGAUGCAUGGAAACACAAGCGAUUUAAAUCGCAAGAUAUUAUCAAUACUAUGUUGCAAGGAAUCCAACAAUUUACUAAUAAUACUGCUAAUCGAAAUGGUGUUCAUGAAAUAGAUGAAACACAACGCAUUGGCAUAGCUAUACAUUCUGACGUUUCUCAACAAAUCUCAUCAGGUUCAACUAUUGAUGAUUCUACUGAAAAUAAUGAUACAACUAAAAAAAUGGCUACUUCUCAUUUGCGAACAUAA